AUGAUUCUAUUCCUUUCAUUUAUUUUAUUCAUUCACCACGUCAACACUCUUCAUGUUACCCAUAUCAGUGAUUGUGGAACUGCAAGAGGUUGCUGGAAACUACCAAAUGGAUGUAAAGAUGCAAGUGAUUGUCAGACUAUGAUGACGUGGAAACAUGAAAGACGCCAUCUGAUUAUCGAGAUUGAGAGCAAACUUGUCAAACCUGAUAUGUGGUUGGGAAUCGGAUUCUCGAAGGACGGUUUGAUGGGAAAUGAUACAGUGUUCGAAUGUCAAUUUCCAGCAACAGGAUCUGGAAGUGUUUAUCUAUCUCACAACACUGCAAAGAGGAAUAUCGUCCUCAAAACUAUGCAUGUAAUUUCUUCCGGACGAUACAAUUUAUUCUUCGCAUACGGAAAAAUGGAAAAUGGAGAGAAGAGAAUGCAUGGAAUGGUUGGAAAGGAAGCUCCAUGGAAGUCACAAGAACAAGUUCGAUUCUGUCAAAGAUGUUCCAGCUCUUUCGCCAACGUGGAUUCGGUGGCUGCUGAUGAAUUCAAGAAACUCUAA